AAUGCAGGAACGGAUGAGCUGGAGAAGUGUAGCGUGUGUGUCUAUGUGUAGUUCUCCCGUUUGCGUUACCUUCUGUGUGUGUGUGUGUGCGCGCGCUGUAUGCAUGUGCGUAAGUGCGCGUGAGGGAGUGUAUGGAACGCGCGUGGGAAUAGAGAUCACAACUUUUUUGGAUACAGUUUUGUCGUUUUAAGUUUGACUUCUAAGGUAUACAGAUCAAAGGAGCCGAGCUUUAGAAGUCCUUCUUCUUUUACGCACGGGCGCACGCACACGCACGCACGCACUCACGCACACUGAGUCCAGCUUGUCAGAGAUCAAGCUCUCCUGCAAAAGUUUCUAGUCGGAUCUCGGUCUGAACAUGUCCCACUGAACCGCGUUUCCAGUUCAUUUUCUCUGCACUGCUACUGAAGGCCAUAAACAGGAAGAACCAUCCGGGUUGAUGUUCUCCAUCGGCUCUGGUUUCUCUUUUUUUUGGGGGUUUGUUUUUUCUUUUUUUGUUCCCCUAUCUCGGUUCCAAGCUUGCAGAGGAAACCCUGGAGCACUGAUGAUCAUCUGACUGUAGAUGAUCUCUAAACUGAAGGUCUACUCCAUACUCCAAGCAUGGAAAUAUAGAAAAAGAGUGUGAAUUGGAAAAAAAACAGGACAUAAGGAUUGCCAGCAUGCUGAAGACUUUAACCAAAAAGCUCAGAAGACAUUCCCUUAAUGAAAUCCACCCUUUCCAGCUUAAGAUUUCCUACCAUGGCAGUGAGGAGGGUGGAGAGAGUGAAGACUCUGAAGGAGAGAACCAAGAGCUGGCACAGAUCGAUCGAGAGCGUCGCAGGAACUGCGUUUUAACUCCUCUGGCCACCAGUCAGCAGCCUAACCAGGGCCUGCUUUCCCCGGGUCGCGUUCGCCGUGUGCGCGUGCUACUGGAGCCUGCCAUGGAGCGCCACAGCUCCGAAGAGGAACUCGAGCGUAUUGCUGGCAUUGCGAGUACCGCUGGUGCUGAGGCUGGGUGCAGGUGGCACCGGCACGGUGACCUCAGCAGUGCCUCCAGUGACGAGGAGGUGAAAGACCUGUGUGAGCCAGGUGCUUCCCCCAGCCCUGUGCUCUUCAGCUCAUCUCCACCUCGAGGCCUCAAACCCACACACACCUCCACACGACUACACGCCAGACCCAUAAUCCUCAGCCACUUCGAACAGCCUGCUGUGCCAUACUGGAGACACCGGAGAGAGCCCGGGCGCCCGAGUCUGGACCUGGAGAAGAUGCAGCAGAAAAUGCUCCUGAAAAAGACCUGUGGCGGCAAAACGAGGACAAUCAAGAUCCGGAACCUGACUGGCAGUCGUCAUUCUCCCAGAUACUCUUAUGAUCCCUCCAUCUUUGCCUUUCGCUCUCUGAGCACUGCCCCUCCGUGCAGUCCUCUGCUGUCCAGCGAGGAACCUCCUUGUGCCUGAAGGAAGCCAUUGGACUUUGAGAUGAAACAGCACAGCUUGUUGGAUCAAUCUGUUUCUCACAUUAAGGCAGGGACAGUUUUAUUAUCCUGUCAUUUCCUAGGGUUUUAGCCCAAACAAAAGUGCCCAAGUUGACAAAACAGCAAGUCCCAGAAUGUAGAUGAGCAUCAGGGAACUGGGUAAUGUUGUUUUAUGUUGUUUUACACAUUCUGACUGUCUGACCAUAUCUCAGGAAAAACAAAUCUUUUAACACUACAAAGACAAGGCCAAGUACAAUGACAGAGCAACAACAAUAUUUUGCAGAAAUUUUGGCAUUCUGAAUUAUUUUGUGGUUCUUGAAUAAUCCUGCACAUCUGGUGAUUCCCUGAUGUUCAGAUACAGUUAUUCACUGUCCAUUGUACUAUGAGAAUCUUGGCUAUUUGUAGAUCAUGUAGAAAGUCUACACCAAGAGGCUUUUGGACCGAGAAGGUAACCUGAUGCUGUAAUGUGAGGAUGGACUUUAUGGAACGAGUGGAUUUUUGUUGGGCUUGAAAGGUAUUACUACAAUUGUAGCCAGUGAGGCUGGCAUUCUACCCUUUCUUAUAUAAGAAUGAUCUUCAUGUUUUUAGAGCUUGACCAACAAUCGAAAUGCAAAUGCAAUAUUAUUGGGUUACCUUGUGUCAUUGGAAGAUCGAGGUUAUCUAUGUCUGCAAUAGUGCUUGCCUAAUGUGUACUGUUCUUUCACAAAAAUGCAUCAGUCAACAAGGGAGUGAAGAGGAACCCUGGUACAAACCCAGCAUUAGACUAAAGCCGGUUUUACACUGUGUGAUUACGCCGACCUUUUUAAUUACUUUCCCGCACUGUAUGAGAUAAUCCUAAUAAACUCUUGGCCGAAUUAUGUGCCAGAUUGUGCGCCAGUGUGUGUUCUCCAUGUCAUAUUAUGGGAUACUCAUCCUCCCUAUGUUAUCAAUCAAUGUGAUGCGGUCACUGGAAUGAAAAGAUUUAAUGUAGGCUAAAGGUAAUAAGGAUAUUUCUUCUGUCCAUGUUCCAUUCAUGUUUUACUAAUAUAUCUGUAGCUGUUUUCCUCUUGUAUAUUUUAAUGCAAAUAUCAGACAUAAUCCAAACUUGUCAGCCAUCUUUGGUAGCUACAGCACUAUAUUUGCCACAUAAUCCGCUCUUCGACUGUCAAUCUCAAUUGACAACCAAAGAAUGAAUUAACAAUGUGCAAUUUUUGUCUGCAGCAUACUGUAGGGCCAAGAUUGUACAGUGUAAAGCCGGCUUAAGCGUGUGAAUCUGUCUGACCCGUCGCAGGGUUCGGGACGGAGAGAGUACUCCGAGUUACGUGCCUAAUUUACAGGAGCUGCAGUAUAGAAGCUCCUUUGCCAUGUUUGAAUGGUUUGGACCAAGUACCAAAGUCAAUAAUUUAAUACUCAACAUAUUUCAACAUAAACCCCAUUCUAGGUUAAGUCUUAAGUUAAGCUUCUUUAUUUUGACUGCACUCUUUCAAUGUUGAAUUGUUUUAGGAAAAGGACAAACACAAUAUUGAAUCAAAAAUGUUUUAUUUUGCAUAUGUACCUGUGUAGGUUUUUAGCUGUUUUAAUUACGUACUGUAUUGAUUUGUACCUAGCUUUUCAAUGAAUGUAGCCUACUUAUGUAGGGGUAAAAAAAUAUAUUUUAUUUUGCAAAGCAUAUUAGAACUACAAGGAACUUUUUGUUACUGGCUCCACAAGUUUAAACUAGUUACCUAUUCAAAUAUAUUCACGCAGAAUAAAUAUAUACACCUGCCAGCCGGACAGUAUCUACAUGUUUAUAACAUGUAAGAAGCCUAUAGUUUUCUUUUUUCCGAUUUUUGUGAGAUAAAAUAAAUGUCUAUUGGCUCAAGUGA